CUGGCGGUGUUCUGCCAAAAGGGUUCUCCGGAAUCGGAACUACCGACCGAAAGGUUCCGCGCGAGCAGCUGCUGGGAACCACGUGAGCCCAGGGCGCGUUUCCGGUGCGGGCAGUCUCAGCCGGAGGGAGAGACCUGGCUUCUGAAGGGGACCAUGGCCAACACUGAACGCACCUUCAUUGCCAUCAAGCCUGACGGGGUCCAGCGGGGGCUCGUGGGAGAGAUCAUCAAGCGUUUUGAACAGAAGGGAUUCCGCCUUGUUGGCCUGAAAUUCAUGCAGGCUUCAGAGGACCUUCUCAAGGAGCACUACAUCGACCUGAAGGACCGCCCCUUCUUUACUGGCCUCGUGAAAUACAUGCACUCAGGACCAGUGGUUGCUAUGGUCUGGGAGGGGCUGAAUGUGGUGAAGACUGGCCGGGUGAUGCUGGGAGAGACCAACCCUGCAGACUCUAAACCCGGAACCAUUCGAGGAGACUUUUGCAUCCAAGUUGGCAGGUAAGAAUUGGUGUUUUUUACCCUUAUCCAAAAUCUGUGU